AUGGCCCACAACAUCGCCCGCAAGGCCUACUCAGCAGAACAACUCUUGGCUCUUCGUCAUUCAGCCUCGGAUGAGACAGCUAUCCAGAUCGAAGCCAAGGCUCGCGAUGGAGCCAUCAAAGACCACGUUGUCCGCAACACACGCUCCUUUGCUGCGCGCUCUACGCGUUCGCUCGUCACGUCUGACACUCUACACCCUCCUACUGAAUCACGCCAGUCCAGUGCACCGGUGCUGACCGAGAUCGACCCAAACAACCAGAACUUACGCCCUGGCUUGACCACCAACCGCUACCGCCCCUCUCCGACUCCAUCACUGAAGAAGCGCAAGGCCGAGCAAAUUCUUAAGGACCAUGGCUCUCCUCCUGGACUUCGCGUCACCGCUGGAGGUCGCAUCGUCCCAAGUGACCAAUCUCCUCUCUGCAGCCCUCGCUACGGCUACAGUGCCAUCAAGAAGAAUGGCAUGCUCAUCAAGUUCGGUCCGAACUUUCCGGCUCCUCCUGGUGGUAUCCCCAUGCAGAGGAUGGGCUUGCCCAACGGCUUCGUGGCCCAGGAUCCCGAGGGCAGACUCUGUCAGAUGGUCGAUGGCAAGUUCCUGCCCGUUGACGAUGUCGACGGCAUUCCUCAGCUCUAUAUCGCCGCUCCCAACCUCACUGGCAACACCGGCUUCCCUGCCAGCGAGAAGGAAGCCGCUGCCGGCGCCACGCCUUUCGACAACUCAGCCAGACAGCAGCAGUCUAGCCAGAGCUUCGACAAUGCCCAUCCAACUGUCGCAGCAGUCAAGCAAACCACCAUCAAACAGCCAGCCAUCAGCGUCGCCGCGCAAAUUCAAGCUCUGGAGAAGCAGUACAGCAAGCUGGAGCACGAGUCAAAGGAGCUUGACAAAGUCGAAGUCUUGCAACGCAGCUCGAUGAGUUCCAAGGCGUACGCUCAGCUUGUUCAGAACCGUCGUGACCUCGUCGGCCGCAUGAACUCGAUCCGUGUCAGCAUCAAGUCUUUACGUGAGGCGAAAUCUUCAACCGAUCACUCCCCUCAAGCUGUUACUCAGCCGAUGUCAUCGCAGUUCAAUAUGCCACCCUACGGACCAACAGCCAUGAUGGGACCAGCAGGGCCUAUUCCUGACUGGGCUUUCGACGGCAUCGCCCCCGAGGGUCACAACGUGCCUCCUUUCCACGGUGCUCCCAUGCCUCAUGGACUGGGAUACUUUGGCCCACCACCUCCUGGUUACCCUGGUGCCAUGGCUCAGUACCCAGGCAUGUUUGGUGCUAUGCCGCCAAUGUUCAACAUGAUGGGUAUGCCUCCCGUCGAUGCGUUUGGCAACUUCAUUCCAAGCGUCGCCAACAUGGAUUCUCAAGCCUUCUCCAAUGGCAGUCCACCUGCUCCACAGGCCAACACGGUACACGAAACCGGACCGAGUAACGGUAGAGCAGCAGAGAAGACCUCACAGCAGGACUCACCACGCAGAACACAUGCCUUGCAGAUCAAGAACCCAGAAAGCAAGUCAGAGUCCAGCCAGAAGUCGGCACUCAACCCUAUGAGCCCCAGCUACCAGCCUGCCGGCAAGUCUACGCCUGCAUCCAAGGCUGUUCCACCUCGCGCUGUCUCUCCAUCGCCUGCUCUUGCCGAGGCUGUCAGACAGCACAAUGCUUGGGUGACCGAAUCUGCCAAUGCCUCCGCCACCAACCUGAACUCAGCAGGUUCUCAGCGCAAGCUCCGUUAUGAAUCAUCCUCGUCAAGCUAUGCCACUGCCGACUUCUUUCCCAACAACCCUCGCGACCAUUCGAUGAGGAAAGACGCCUAUCCUGUUGGAUAUGAUCACAAUUCAAGCCGCAGCAAGCUGGCAGAACGCCCUUCGGCAUCAAGUGAGCAGCCCGUCACUCCAGACAAGGAGAAUCAGGACCCAGGAUGGAACUUCGCUCCUGUUGCCAGCGUUACGACACCGCCAUCCAUGCGCAAUCACGCUAUUGACCAGUCAGGCACCUCAGAGAUUGGCAGCAUGGAUCCUGUUCAAAACCGCUCCGAGAUGAACGUGAGCCCGAAGAACCGUCGUUCGGACUACCCAUUGAGCUACAAGUCUGUUAGCGAGGUUACCACACUCGGGUCGGGUCUUCCUUCGCCUGCCAUCGAUUCUUCUCAACGCACGGCUUCCUCCGCCAAGGAAUCUCAUGGCCGUGAAGAGGCCACCUACAUGGAUGGUUUCAAGGCUGGCAAAGCUCGUUUGCCUGUCGGCCUCGAGAAGAACGGUCUUUGGCUCGACGGCUACUGUGCUGGUCUGCUCAAGUCGGCUCAAGCAACCGCCGUUCCAACUCCACCCAAUGCCCCAGCUCAACCCCACGCUGAUCCAGUCAUUGUCAAGCCUUACCUACCAUCUGGACACAAGGACGUCAUGUCGCAGCGCGCUGUCCCUGCCAUCAACGUCAACGCUACAUCGAUGAAAACACUCAAGGAUGUCGUCUUCUCGGCUCAGAAUGAGAACGUCGUUCUCACUCCGGACCCCAAUGGACCUUGUGUGAGCGACAUGGCCGCCUUGCAUCUCGGAAGCUGGGCAAAAACUCACCAGGGACCUUCAGUUGUUGAUUCUGAUGCUGUUCUUGCAUCUGUACGCAAUGGUGAGAGCGUGUUGCCUGAUCGUACCUCUUCGAUGAUGCAACGUCAGGUCUCAAGUGCUGAUGCCUCGACUGAACAAAACCGUGCUGUCAUGCCAUCCACUCAGACAGCCGGUGCCAUGAUGGAACGUGAGAGGGCGCAUAUGACUCAAGACCGUCGCGCCACAUCUGCACAGAUGCAGUCAAGUGGUGGCUCGCCAACAGCCUACUUUCAGCGGGUCUACCCAGCUCAUCGUGUCAUGAGCUCGCAACUCGAGUGGAAGGCAGGCUCUUCAAUUGCACAGGUUGCUGGAUUGGCCACUGGCUACUUCGCGCAGUACGACGGUACGAGAACAGGUGCCAACACUAUUGGAGACAGACAGCCGCUGACUCAGAUGUCUGGCAACACAGGCAUGACGACCCACGACACCAUGUCAGGAGCAUUGCCCGAGAAGAAGCAGCCCGGCAUGUCAGCCAAGUUCAUCGAAGAAUCCAUGACUACCGACGUCAAGACAGGCAGCCCAUCGUCGUCGCCUGGAAAGAGAUCGCCCACCAAAGGCUCUCCAGCCAAGGUCAAGUUCGCACAGAUCGCGGGCAGAGCUGGGAUCAAAGUCCGCAGCGACAGCAGAGACGAGCAGGAGAGUGAGCCCAGCAGCCCUCAGGAGAAGCGUCGCUGGAGAGAUGUUUGGACAAAGAGGUUCACCGAGACUGGUAUGCGCGAAGGUGAACAGAAGCAAGGUGGUCGUCCAUGA